AUGACGCUCAGUUUUGCAAAGAUCUAUUUUAAACAUGAACAUUAUCUUCAACAUAUUUUAAUAGGAAGCGAAUUAUCCACAGCAAAAUUUUUAUCUGACAAACCGUUAACGAAAGAAGAAAAAGAUUACUAUGAAGAAUGUAAAGAAUAUUAUCAUCUCACCCACCAACCAUUAAUAUCAAUUGCUGAUGAAGUUUUGGAUAAUAGCAGUAGAAUACCAUCAUCAUCAAUAAAAAUCGGAAUUGAUGUAGAUUAUAAGAAAUUUGAUUUGCAUGGUUUUUUAAAUCAGCUUUGUGAUGUAGCAGAUUUGAACAUCAAUGAUAUAGCAAUGAAACAAAUACAAGUAGGUUCAGCUAUAUUAGAAGCAGAGAUUUUUAAUAAAUUUGAAGCAGAUGAUAAGAAAAUAUGUUUAAAAAUGUUUGUUCAUAAAAUCACAGACAAACUUAAAGAACAGUUCGGUAUAAUGAAAAUCUUUCUUAUGUUUAUGGGUCCUAUAAAAUCAUUCUUUAAAAUGCAAAAACGUCGUGCAGAAAUUCAGUUAAAUCCAAAUUAUAAUCGCAUUUAUGCUAUUGGACAUGAUUAUUGGACAGGUGCUAAUAAUGAUGGAAGAGAUCGCGGAAAUAAACCAUAUUAUUGUCCUGUUGGAUGGCAACGAUGGUCAUUUUAUGUUACUGAUAACUUUGAUAAAAAAUUCAAGGGAUGGUGUAUUGGUUAUCAUGGUACAAAAUUUGCACAUGGCUUAUCAAUUUUAUUGAGUGGAUUGAAACCAGCAGAAAGUGAUGAGCAUGGCGCUGGAAUAUAUGCAACUCCAUCGGUUAAUUAUGCUGCUCAUCCAAGAUAUUCUGAAGUUAAAUUAAUUGAAUCAUCAACUAGAAAAAAAUUUUUCAAAUCGGGUAAAUACGUACAAUUCGUAUUAGAGUGCCGUGUUCAUCCAAGUAAUAUUGUGAAAGAAGAUAAAGAAACACUAGGUGCCGCUAAUACUACUAUCGAUCCCAAUAUAAACAACGCAUAUAUCGAAUGGGUUAUUAACUCUCAUGGUAAAUCUAUCGUUGACUUUAACGAUCCUGAUUCUUCGAUUAUCUGCACAGGAAUAUUAACACGUGUUACCGAUGAGCAUCCUGGCUUACUACCUGAAUCAGAAUGGUGGUAUAAGUCACAUCUAUGUAAUCCUCCAAAUCCAAAAUGCUGUAUGUUAGGUAUUGGUCAUGAUAUUCUCGUCAAACAGAAACAACAUGGUUAUACAUGUAAAAUUCUCUUUAGCGAUUAAAUAAAUAAAUGCACUUUCUUUGUUUUUGUAUUUUUUUUUCAAUUUCGAUUCGUUUGAAAAAUUGUUCCUACGGUCUACUUGUAAAUAAACCUUUCUCUAAAAUAUGUGAAUUCAUAUACUGAUACGAUGUAUUUUCUGAUAACAUCAUGAUAGUCAAAAGUCAGUAUAUUUCCCUACAAUGCAUCUCUAUUAUGUAUAUGUAAAGUGGGAAUCAAAGAUUUAAGGCUAUAUACAGGGUUGUGCAUAACCUUUUGUUAGCGGUGUACAGCUGAAAUUCCAAGAGAUAUAAAAGUGAAUUAUAUAACCAAUGAAAGGCUGUCGAAAACCGGAUUUAGAAGUAUAAUUGAUACUUUAUAAUAUGAUAAUGAGCUAUAAAAUUACGGAAGGUUUCAAAAUUGCAGGAACAUAGUUGGGUACUACCGCAGGUGGUAGAUUGAAAAUAGAAGGAUCUGAAAAAGGGUGUGGGUGGAUGUGGGUGUGGGUGGAUGUGGGUGUGGGUGGAUGUGGGUGUGGGUGUGAGUAUGAACGAAAGAGAACACCCAUACCCCCC